CUGACCUCCAGUUUCCCCAAAUCCUCUGUUUAAUAUUUCUGACUUUCAAUUUAUCUUGUGUUUUGUGAACCUAUUCCUAGAAAAUCUAUUUGUCUGUAUCUAUAGAUACUGUUGAUUAGACCGUUCCAAAGCAAAUCGGUGCUUCUGAUAAAUGCUUGGAUUAUGGGGAAACUCAGAUGAGGAUAUCCAAGUCCUUUUGGCGUCACAGAUUCUAGUAGCUUCUGUGGAGUCUCUGUCUCUGUGUCUCUGUCUCUGUCUGUCUCUGUCUCUCUGUCUGUCUCUGUCUCUGUCUUUCUCUGUCUCUCUCUGUCCCUCUCGCUCUCGCUCUCGCUCUCUCUCGCUCUCUCUCGCUCUCUCUCGCUCUCUCUCUCUCUCUCUCGCGCUCUCUCUCUCUCUCUCUCUCUCUCUCUCUCUCUCUCUCUCUCUCUCUCUCUCUCUCUCUCUCUCUCUCUCUCUCUCUCUCUCUCUCUCUCUCUCUCUCUCUCUCUCUCUGUUGACAGUUUUCCACCGAGGCUUGAAAGAAUAUCGCAAGGUCAACUGAGGGUCUUUUGACCCAGUUUGUUUCCUACGUUUAUAGACUUAUGUGGUUUAUUUAGAAAGACGUACGUUCUUUUUCACGGAAAUUGCUGCCAAAAGUUCAGCCAUUUUUAAACGGAGGUCUUAAAUAUCUCAUUUAAGACUGCUUUUAUAAACAGAUAUACACGUUUCUCUUUCCCACCCCUCGCCUCCCAAAUGUUCCUGGCUCUAGUCUUAGGCGGAUUUAAGUUGGCCUCCUACUAGAAGGAAACGUGACCGAAAUGUUAUGUAUUCCAGACGCUUGAUUUUGCUGUGCACGGAAGAGGAUUGUGCAGAGGAGUCAGUAGUGCUUCCUCCCUCCCUCCUCUAUGCAGUUCUAUGCUCCGUGAGCGCGCCUGUGUGUAUGAGAGUGUAUGUGAGAGUGUGUGCGCGCGCUCCUGUGUAUGUGUGUGUGUGCAUGUGAGUGUGUGCGUGCAUGCGUGUGUGAGCGUGCUUGUGCAGCCGCCCUUCUUGGCCUGCUCCCUAGAUGCUGAACCACUAGUUUCCUUGGGGCUAUCUGUCCGGAUUACCACCCAACCCAACCUGAAGGCAGCAGAGACGGCAGCAGGCGGCUGCUGCAGCGGCGGGCGGCGGCGGCAGAGACAGCUGCAGUUCUUUCCCUUCCUUAGGAUGCGGGUGCUGAGCUAUGGAAAAGGACAGAGAACUGACCGGCAAUACUCGAGGCAAACGCUGAAAACCACCUGGAACCACCUUGCUGUUAUUAUACCUAAGGAAAGAAAGUACUAUUACCAUCCUCUUUCUCCCCUAGAGGCAUCAGGAAAAAAUAUCUACCCAACUGAUCAAUACAUUGAAAAAAGUCUGAAAAUGGGGCAAUGUGUAAUACCUGUGGACCUUCACAAAGUGUGGCUUUGAUUCUAAAGGAACAUAAACAACCACUGAAUUUCUGAGUUGGAAAAGAUCUCUCACUGGAACAACUCAUACUUGAAUAAAGACUCUCCAACCAAAAUACAACUGACAGGAGAAAAAAAUGGUCAUUCAAUAAAACAGAAGAUUUCCAAGCAUUCCUGAUGAAAAGACCUAAACAGAAAAUCUGAAGUCAAACACAAGAACCAAGUGAAGCCUAAAAAGAGUCCUCAUAACCACUGAGAUAAGUGGGAAGAAGAAAUGUGUUUUCAGAGCACUCUGACUUUCAACUCCAUUUUAAGGACCAGCUUUGGAAAUGCUUUAUCCUUCAUAUCUUCUUCAGUAGCCAAGCACAGUACUGAAAAUUUCUUCACAUCAGUGAGGAACUCUUCAGAGUCCAAAAAUAAGUGUGCACAAAAACACUUGUGCGUGAAGGAGAUUUAAGUGGAAAAGUCGAUGCAGAGACAGUCCCACUCUCUCGGCGUUGGAAGCCUGGGUCCAUUGGCAUGAAAAAUCGUUAUACCUGGAGACUUCCUCAGCUGCAUUGGAUGGCCCUGUUGUCUUUUGUGCUCCAACACACUAAUCUAGACCUUUUUCUUGAUGCUGGACAAAUUGUUUGCUUUGGAAACAUCCCAGAAAACAGAAACACAAGAAAGGGAAAUAAAUAAAGAAACCAGGAAAGUCAGAGUUGAUGAAAUAAAUUAUCACAGAAAAAAAUGGAUAAUAAGUUGAAAAAGAAGAAACUAAGGGUGUUAAUAGCAACAACAAAAUGACAAUAUAUUUCUUUAAAAAAUAGACAAGGAGACAUAAAUGAAAAUGGGUGUCAAAAAGAAGUGAUGGUGAAGAAAAAGACCUGAAACAUGGACUAAACCUCAGAAUACCCUGCUUACAGGCCCACCACAAUCCAGGUUCCAUAUGCCUUUUGAUUCAGUGACACUGGCACUAUUGCUGUUGUUCAAACAAGACAUUCCGUCCCCUGACUCCAGGCUUUUAAACUUGAUCUACAAUGGAAAAACUGCUUUUUUCCCUGUUGUUCAUUGGCAUGGCAGUGAGAGCACAGAUCUGUCCAAAGCGGUGUGUGUGUCAGAUUUUGUCUCCUAAUCUUGCAACACUUUGUGCCAAGAAGGGCCUCUUAUUUGUUCCACCAAACAUUGACAGAAGAACUGUGGAGCUCCGACUGGCAGACAAUUUUGUAACAAAUAUUAAAAGGAAAGAUUUUGCCAAUAUGACAAGCUUGGUGGAUUUGACUCUAUCUCGGAAUACAAUAAGUUUUAUUACUCCUCAUGCUUUUGCUGAUUUACGGAACUUGAGGGCUUUGCAUUUGAACAGUAACAGACUGACUAAGAUCACAAAUGAUAUGUUCAGUGGACUUUCCAAUCUCCAUCACCUAAUUCUGAACAACAAUCAACUGACUUUAAUUUCUUCUACAGCAUUUGAUGAUGUUUUAGCUCUCGAGGAGCUCGAUUUGUCCUACAACAAUCUGGAGAAUAUACCUUGGGAGGCUGUUGAAAAAAUGGUUAGUUUGCAUACACUUAGUUUGGAUCACAAUAUGAUUGACCACAUACCUAAAGGGACUUUCUCCCAUCUGCACAAGAUGACUAGAUUAGAUGUAACAUCAAAUAAGUUGCAGAAGCUACCACCUGACCCUCUCUUUCAGAGAGCUCAGGUACUAGCGACCUCAGGAAUCAUCAGCCCAUCCACUUUUGCAUUAAGUUUUGGUGGAAACCCUUUGCAUUGCAAUUGUGAAUUACUGUGGCUGAGACGCCUUUCAAGGGAAGAUGAUUUGGAGACUUGUGCUUCUCCAACACUUUUGUCUGGUCGGUAUUUCUGGUCUAUUCCAGAGGAAGAGUUUUUGUGUGAACCUCCACUCAUUACUCGGCAUACUCAUGAAAUGAGGGUAUUAGAAGGUCAAAGAGCCACAUUGAGGUGCAAGGCUAGGGGAGACCCAGAGCCUGCAAUUCACUGGAUCUCUCCAGAAGGAAAACUUAUUUCAAAUGCAACAAGAUCUCUUGUAUAUGACAAUGGAACACUUGAUAUACUUAUAACAACUGUAAAGGAUACAGGUUCUUUUACCUGCAUUGCUUCCAAUCCUGCAGGGGAAGCAACACAGACAGUGGAUCUCCAUAUAAUCAAACUCCCUCAUUUGUUAAAUAGUACAAAUCAUAUUCAUGAGCCUGAUCCUGGGUCCUCAGAUAUUUCAACUUCUACUAAGUCAGGUUCUAAUACAAGUAGUAGUAAUGGGGACACUAAAAUGAGUCAAGAUAAAAAAGUUGUAGUAGCAGAAGCAACAUCCUCUACUGCACUACUUAAAUUCAAUUUUCAAAGAAAUAUACCUGGAAUACGUAUGUUCCAAAUUCAGUACAAUGGUACUUAUGAUGAUUCACUUGUUUACAGAAUGAUACCUCCUACGAGCAAAACAUUUCUUGUCAAUAACCUGGCUGCUGGAACUGUAUAUGACUUGUGUGUCUUGGCUAUAUAUGAUGAUGGCAUCACUUCCCUCACUGCCACAAGAGUCGUGGGUUGCAUCCAAUUUACCACAGAACAGGAUUAUGUACGUUGCCAUUUCAUGCAGUCUCAGUUUUUAGGAGGCACCAUGAUUAUUAUAAUUGGUGGCAUCAUUGUAGCUUCUGUGCUCGUUUUUAUCAUCAUUUUAAUGAUCCGCUAUAAGGUUUGUAAUAACAAUGGGCAGCACAAAGUCACCAAGGUCAGUAAUGUUUAUUCUCAAACUAAUGGGGCCCAAAUCCAAGGCUGCAGUGGAACAAUGCCUCAAUCAGUUUCCAAACAAGCUAUAGGACAUGAUGAGAACAUUCAGUGCUACAAAGGUCCCAGUGAAAAUGUGAUUCAAUCUUCAGACACUUGUUCAAGUCAGGACUCUUCUACCACUACCUCUGCUUUGCCACAUACCUGGACUUCAAGCACUUCUGCAUCCCAAAAGCAGAAACGAAAGAUGGGGCCAAAGCCAAGUAAUGAUCCACAGAAUGAAGCUGUUUCAAGUGUUGAAUCCCAAAAUGCUAACAGGAAUAACUCAACUGCAUUGCAAUUAGUUAGCCGUCAUCCUGAUUCUGUCAAAGAGGUUCCGACAUCUAAAAGAGCACAAUCAAAGUCAAGUAAGUUUCUCACUGUGCCUGCUGAAAGAUCCAGAGCAAGGCGCAGGUACUCUCUGAAUGGAAAAUUAAUGGAAUACCAUUGUUAUGUUAAGUCAGAAAACACAGGUGUAUUAUGGUCUAAAAGGAGCAUAUCUAUGAAUGGGAUGGUAAUUCAGUCAGGCAAUUCUGACUUGGAUAGUGGAAAAGCAACUUUUUCAAGAUCUGAGUGGAUUUUAGAAAGCACUGUGUGACCUGCUUUUUAUAAAAAAAUUUAAAUCAUUCUUUGGGAAUAUUUUCAUGGAAUUUGGAAUUCCAGUCUUGUCUUGCUGAUUUAUGGCUUAUACAUUCAAGUUUCUGUAAAAGCCUCCUAGGAUUUUGUAUGUAUAUGUACAUAGAUAGCUAUGUACCUAUACACAUAAUGUAGGUAGCAACUAAAGACAAUAUUUAAAAAUCAAGUUAUUGGAAGGGGAAUGAAGUAGCAUCAAUGCUUUCCCCUGUUCUAGGACUGGCUUCCUCGUUCUGUAUUAAUAGACAACAACAACAAAAAUAAAGUUUUUACAAGGAAAAAAAGCCUUUCAUAAAGGAAAUUAUAUUUCCUCCAAACUAACAAAGACCAUUAAUGGGAAAAUUAAUAUUUUAAGUGACAAGACUGUAUAUUUAUUUCUGAUGACAGUGGUGUUGCCUUUCUUUGAGGCAAAUGCUGUACAGAACAACUCUGUGCUGGUAUAUUGUGUAAAAUAAAAUAUACAAUAAGUAUACACAGAUGGUGUUAAAGUAAGUACCCUCUUAGCAUUUUUGCUACAGGUGCCUUAGGGUAUCUGUGACACAUAUUAUAGUAACUUAGAUUGUUCAAUGGUUAAGAAAGAAUUCAACUCAUUUUGUACCUAUCACAAAUAAAAGUCUAGUUCUAGGAUGUGGGAAUGAAUAAAUGACCAGUUUCUAAAUGCAUGCAAUUUGGCAUAUAUUGGGUUCUGUGACUAUCUAAUAGAAGUUAAAAGGGGAGCAAAGAAGUCUUCCUUUUUCACAAUUACAUUUUAAUUACCACCUAAGAAUGGAAGAAAAAACAAGUUGUUAAAUACAUAGGAGAUUUAAAGCCAUUUCUUAUUAACAGAAUCAUUUGUUUUCCCAUCUAGAAUCAAUAAUUCAUUAAUAUUGUCAAUAUUUUGAGAAUUUAAUUCUUUACCAUUAUUAUUUAGAUAAUUUGAUAUUACCUACUGAAACAACAUCCUAUAGAAAGAAUACUUCUAUAGAUUACAUACUGAAAAAUCUGCUACAUUAAAAUGAAUAUAUUAAGGAUCAUUAAAGUCCAGACAGAAGAAUUUUCUUAAAGACAUAUGGUAUGAAACUAUUUGUUCUUGUGUGUGAGCUUUCUCAAUUAACUGGCACAUAAAAUGAAAUCACAACUAAAAUAAAUGAAACUGAUAUACACAGUAUGUAGACUUCUCUGUAGAAGUAAGUUAGGCAUUUGUUAAAGCUUUUCAUUCAAAUUGCUAGUGUUGUAUUUUUUUUCUUUUUUUUUUUAAAGACAAAGCUUUGUCAUUUGUAUCACUUGCUUAAUUUCUUCCUAGAUAAGACAAAGUAAAUUCUAGGCCAUGUGAUUGAGUUAACAGAACAGAUAAAAUUUGACAAAGGGUGAAGUUUUUUCUAGAUUUCUCCCACAUUUUUGUUUUGUACUCCAAAACAUCCCGAUUCCUUCUUAUUUCUCUAUCCAUAUAGAUUCAGGUUCCUAUUUUAUAUUCUAUUAUUCAAGGACCGUAGUCAGUAAUCAACUAAUAACUUCUCAUAAGAACCUGAAUCUUAGUGAAGUACAUUGAUUAAAAAGCCAUUAAGCCCCAGAAUAAUAAAUCAGUGAACAUGCCGCAGCUAACAUUCUGAUAGAGUAUGGUAAAGUAUUUUUGAGCAAGAGGCACUGACUGCUACUCUUCAAAUCCAAUCACACACCUUUUAUUCACUUAUAAAUCAUUCUCAAAGAUGGGUUUUCAAAUUCAUCCAUUAUUUCUCAAGAACUUCUUCCCUUACAUUUCUAACAAAACUGCAUUAAAAUCUAUAAUUUCUCAUUGAUUUCUGCAGUUUUCUGCUCCAAUUAUAUGCAGUUUUGAGAGGAACACAUAGCUUAUUUUACUUAUCUAUAAUUUAAUUGUUUCUUUCAAGCUUCACUUUCCUUGAAAAUUGAUUUGUAUGAUGUCACAAAUGCUGGUUCUAUUACUUUUCAUGCAAAUUUUUACUGAGUUUCUAAACAAAUAUUAAUUGAGAAGUCAAUUAAUUGAGAAGCCCAAACCAGAAUGUAAGUCAAAGGUAAUGAAUGAGUCAUGCAAUCAGCCAUCCAAUAAGUAUUUUUUUGGUUCUAUGUUAGACAUUAGGGAUAAAAAUAUAAUGAAUGAAGUAACCUCUACUCUUAAGAACCUAUAUUUUCUUUGUGGAGUAAGAAAGAAUAAUCUUUGCCCUUGGAUUGAAAGAAGAAUGAAGGUCUUGAGUUAAUUGAAUGAUGAUGAUAAGCACAGGUUGGAAAUAAGACAUAGGCCCUAGUAGUUCAUGUGGAGAGGCUCAAUGAGGGUUAUCAGAAAACUGUACAUUUUCAUCUACCUCCUUCUAAUUUCUCUAUCACUAUCCUGCUUUAAUACCUGUCCAUUUAUCUUUAAUUAUCUUUUCACUAGUUCAUUUUUAACAGGUAAUUGGCUUUAAAUAUGAAACUGAAAUACAUUUCUUGCUUACUAGAUACAUUUCAUGUUCCCUGCUCUUAAUAUUUAAAAAUUGAUUAUUCAGCAAUCAUAUGCUAUGGUUUCAGUUUUCUUAAAGCUUAAAAGCAAUGUUUCCUAAUCAACUAUAUUUGUUUUUAUGAUGUUUCAAAAAAGGAAGCUAUACUUUGUUUAUUGUGACCUUCAGUUAUUUUUCUUCUCUCAAUCAUUGGCUCAUGAUGGUAUAUAUUGGUAGAGAUGACUAUUCAACUCUGAGUUAAAUAUAUGUUGUGAUUUCAUAGUAUAUUAGUAUUUUGAUAUGCUAAAUGGUACACCAGUGGAUCUAAUGACUUAAUAUAGUACUCUAUGUAUUGGUUUAUUUUGUUUACCUGUAGUUGUUUAUUACAAGAGAAGGUUCUAGGAGAAUAGGGAUGAUUUAUUGCAAAAUGAUAGCCAUGUAAAUGAAAGUAUGAAUAAAAUUUUUUAAGAAGAGAAAAAA